AUGGCUAAUACUUCUUUAAAAGCCAAGAAAUAUACUGCCGAUCAUGAAUGGAUCUCUGUCGAAAAUGGUGUUGGUACCUUUGGUAUCACUGACUUUGCCCAAAAGGCUUUGGGUGAUGUCGUCUUUGUUGAAACACCCGCUGUUGGUGAUGAAGUCAAGAAAGAAGAUCAAGUCGGUGCUAUCGAAUCUGUAAAGGCUGCUAGCGAUAUUUACUCUCCCGUUUCUGGUAAAAUUACCGACGUUAACGAACAAUUAAGUGACGAACCUUCUUUAAUCAACUCAAGCCCUGAACAAGAUGGUUGGUUAGCAAAGAUUGAGAUCAGUGACAACUCUGAACUCGAAGGUUUAAUGGAUGAAGCUGCUUAUGCUGCUCACUGUGAAGCCGCUGAAGAACAUUAG